CUGAGUGGAGAUCUACUGUGCGGCCAAGCCGGGGCUGCUGCUGUCAACAGUGAGCACCCUGGACACGCUCGGCCUCGACAUCCAGCAGUGCGUCGUCAGCUGCUUCAACGACUUCGCCAUGCACGCAUCCUGCUCCGAGAUGCAGAGGGAGAUGAUAAGCGCGGACGCCAUCAAGCAGGAGCUGUUCAAGAACGCCGGCUAUGGAGGCGGCUGCUUGUAGAGAGACGAGCAAGAAGCAGCACCAUGACCACCACCACCAUGAGUCCAUGACCAGCAGGAAAAGCAGGAAGGAUAAUAAAGUAGAAGUAGUUGUAGCUGUAGCAGGAGCAGUGAGUAGAAUUAGCACUUAGCAGCUGGUAGCAGCAGUGGCGAAAAAGGCUCAUGAUUUCUGAAAUUCCGUUUGUGGCAGGUUGGAUGUAGGUGAAGGAAAAGAGAUUAAUCUUGAGGACCACUGCCCAAGAUGGAAGCUGCUGCAGCAAUGCAUCAGGUAUCUUGGCCCUGGAGAGAGGGAGUUCUAUGAGGUAACAAUCGAGAAUAAGAUGAUGAUGUACAGGCUGAGCCGCAAGAUUGUCGACACGUCCGAGGGGCCCAAGGAUGCAAAAUGGAUCUUUGUGUUGAGCACAACGAAAAUUCUGUACAUAGGCUCGAAAAGCAAAGGGACAUUUCAGCACUCCAGCUUCCUUGCCGGUGGAGCCACAUCUGCUGCCGGGAGAUUAGUCUUCGCGAACGGGAUCCUAAAGGCUGUCUGGCCUCAUAGCGGGCACUACCGGCCCACGGAGGCGAACUUCCGGGAGUUCAUGAAGUAUCUCAGGAAGAGGAACGUCGAUCUCACGGAUGUGAAGUUGAGCCCAACAGAAGGCGAGGAGGACGAAUGGCUGAGGAGGAGCCUCUCCCAGAUGGAUCUUUCUGCUAUGGUCCUUCUUCCGCUACUUAUAUAUGGUUUUAAGCUUGGUAUAACAGGAGCCGCAAUUUCUACAGUCGCAUCCCAUUUUUCGCCAUGUCCAUGUGCCCUGUUGCUGCCAGCUGUGCAUCCAACAGAGUCAGGAAGGCGAGAUAGAGUAUGUUGAAGGUGAUGAUAUCGAGAUGGGUGACAUGGAUGGUAUGGAAGAUUUUGAAGGCUUUGGUGAUGAAGAUGGUAAACAUUUCCCUUGUUUCUACUGAUUUUAAUUUUGCAUGUUAUAGAGUGCUCUGAUCUGUGAAGAUACUUCUCAUUUUUCCGUGUUCACUAGAUAAUGUAAAGAAACUUUACAUUUUCUGAAUUAUGGGCCUUGAAAUUCCAUUAUGACUUGUUUAAUUAAGUAUGCGGUGUAGAAAUAUUUAUUUGGACAAAAUGGUUAUUUGGCAUAGUAGUGCCAACUCCAAAUCUGAUUCAAGUUCAAAGAUUGGGCGGAAAUCUAGGAAGGUUAUCACCGAGGUAAAUCGAUUGUUCUCACUAUGAUUUUUUUGAUAUGAGUAUGAAUAUUCUUGAUGUCAUCAUACACCAUGUCGCCUAUAAACAUUGAUAAAAUCGAACACAUCUUACUGUCUUGUCAGUUGUCACGUACGAUUUCCUGUCCAACACAUAAAGUAGUAGUGGUCUAGGGGGGAUCAGUAAUUAUGCUUUUCUCUUUAUGAAAGCUCUUUGGAUGAUUUCUUUAUUGUAGAGGUUCUCCCAAAAUAUGCAUUUGUUUCACAAUGUUAGUUUUUCUUUCAAAGUGAUUUCAU